AGAGAGGAGACAGCAGCAGUUGUUUGUGGGACUUACUAGAACUUACAGGGGGAGGACCAGAGCAAGAUGAAGAAGGGGAGGGCUCUGUUUUGAGGAGCUGAGAGGCAGCGCACACGGGACAGUGUCUGACUCAAGGGGAGAGAGCGGGCUGAGGGAGCUGCUGAGGGAACUCAAUUGUACCGACACGUGAGGCGUAAGAACAUUCACUGAACUCCUGUCCGGUUCCUGCGCAAUAAGCGCCCCCCCCCCCGCACUUGCAAUUGCCGGGCUUCCCUAAGGAUGAGCCAGUACCCAGGACUUAUCAGCCCAGAGCUGUUGUCAGCCCGAGCUGAGCAUGUAUCGUCCCCGGGCUCUCUGCUGAACUCCAACUUCUCCUCCUCACAAGCUUAAGAACAACAACGUCCUGUCAAGUGCCAGAGUCCCGUUACCUCAGAGCCCUCUCCUUGUAAUGAGCUGAUCACUCUUUGCCCCAGGUCCCUAGGGAUAAUGGCAGUGGGGACACAGCCUCAGGCUGACAAUGGGAGGGUGCCCUCACUGUCCUUGGCACCAGUAUCCGGCCCGGAGAGCGGCAUGGAGUUUGUGGCCCUCGCGGCUAUUCAAGCAGACAGAGGGAGCCCUCGGCGUCUGGGUCUUUUGGGGACCCCAAUCCCGGGUGCACCGCGGAGCUCAUCCUCUCACAAGAAGUACCGGCGGCUCCAGAACUAUCUGUACAACGUACUGGAAAGACCCCGAGGGUGGGCCUUUAUAUACCAUGCCUUCAUAUUCUUUUUGGUGUUCAGCUGCCUGGUGCUGUCUGUUUUCUCCACUAUCCCUGAGUAUCAGCACUUAUCAAACAAAGGCCUCUUCAUACUGGAAUUCGUGAUGAUUGUGGUGUUUGGGAUGGAGUAUGUUGUUCGCAUCUGGUCUGCAGGGUGUUGUUGCCGUUACCGAGGUUGGAAGGGACGACUGAGAUUCGCCAGGAAGCCUUUUUGUGUGAUUGAUUGUAUUGUUUUGGUGGCCUCACUGGCUGUUAUUGCAGCUGGGACUCAGGGUAACAUUUUUGCCACAUCUGCUCUGCGUAGUAUGAGGUUUCUUCAGAUCCUGCGCAUGGUGCGUAUGGAUAGGCGAGGAGGCACAUGGAAACUUCUGGGUUCUGUUGUGUAUGCUCACAGCAAGGAGCUGAUCACUGCUUGGUACAUUGGAUUCCUGGUGCUUAUUUUUGCUUCAUUCCUGGUAUACUUGGCAGAAAAAGAUGCUAAUAAAGAGUUUUCCACAUAUGCAGACUCUCUUUGGUGGGGCACGAUUACAUUGACAACUAUUGGAUAUGGUGAUAAGACCCCUCAUACAUGGCUUGGGCGGUUACUGGCAGCUGGCUUUGCACUUCUGGGUAUCUCUUUCUUUGCCCUGCCUGCGGGAAUUUUGGGUUCUGGGUUUGCCCUUAAAGUUCAAGAACAACAUCGACAGAAGCAUUUUGAAAAGCGACGGACACCAGCAGCUAAUCUUAUUCAGGCUGCCUGGCGUUUGUACUCCACUGAUGCUAGCCAUUCCUACCUCACAGCUACAUGGUAUUACUAUGACAGCAUCCUACCUUCCUUCAGAGAGCUGCUCCUUUUGUUUGAUACCUGGCAUCGAACCCGCAGCCGCAAUGGAGGGGUUAGGCACUGUCAGGGGUCUCCUAGUUAUCAGCGAGUCCCCUCCGCCCUGACACCUGCAACACCCCCUUUCUGUACUGGGGAAAGUAGUAAAAUUGGCUUGAAAGACCGGCUGCGAGGGACUGGUGCACCAAAACAGAUCACAAGAAGCAAGCAGUAUCUGGCACCACCAGAGCGGGCUUCACCUGGUACAGAGCCUGCAGCAGAGACGCCAAGUCCUACAAAAGUGCAGAAAAGCUGGAGCUUUAAUGACCGCACAAGAUUCCGUGCCUCACUAAGGCUUAAAUCAAAGCCACAGGCUGAUGAGGGUCCUGGAGAUGAUAUUAAUGAUGAAAAGAGACUUCCAAAUGAUAUGACUAUGGAGGAUUUAAUGCCAACUAUAAAAACUCUUAUUCGGGCUUUCAGAAUCCUUAAAUUCCUUGUGGCAAAAAGAAAGUUCAAGGAGACUCUACGGCCAUAUGAUGUGAAAGACGUAAUUGAGCAGUAUUCAGCUGGACAUUUGGAUAUGCUUGGGCGCAUUAAAAGCCUGCAGGGCAGGGUGGAUCAAAUGAUUGGCCGAGGACCUAUGCCUGUAGAGAAAAAACCUAGAGAUAAAGGAGAUAAGGUUUGCACCACAGGACCUGAAGUUGAAGCUGCUGAUGAGCUGAGCAUGAUGGGAAGGGUAGUGAAGGUUGAGAGACAGGUCCAGAGCAUUGAAGAUAAACUUGAUAUACUGCUAGGUUUCUACUCCCAGUGUCUUCGGAAAGGUCCAGUCAGCUCUUUCACAUUGACCUCUAUGCAAAUUCCACUGAUCGACCAAGAAACGACAUCUGAUUACCAGAGCCCUGUGGAUCCAGUGGACAUUUCAGUGUCAGCACAGACGCUUAAUAUAUCUCGUUCUGUCAGCACCAACAUGGAGUGAGAGAGAGGGAGCAAGAGGGCAGGUUCUGACCACAUUACCAGCUCCUUCUGAACAGAAAAUAAGAAGGUGGGUGUGCCUUUACCUGCGGAGCAACAGGAAGAGACUUCCUCUGCAGAGACUUAGCAAUUCCUUUGCCUGACUUGCUUCUGCUGCUCCCAUCAAAUUUGGAAAGACUAAAGAACUUACUCAGCUGAGAAAGCACGUCCACUGGAAACAGAACUUGGGUCUUUUGAGCCACGGAGAGAUUAGAAGAACUGUUUAGAGAAGCCAUAUUUACUCUCAUGUAAAGUUGGAAGGCUUGACUCCAUCAGCCCUUUUUUCACCAUGACGUCUAUGAGAUGUUUUCUGUCAGGUUCUGAAAUCCAAAAACGUAUUUCUUCCCUGCAGCUGUGAAGAACAAAUAAUAGAAUGCAACAUAAAAAUUUUGUUGCUUCCAUGUCUUGCUACCUUGACGGAUGUCAUGCCUAGUCUCUAGAAAGUGCCUCAAAGACUUAAAUAUAUAAAUGCUGCUCCCAUACAGCCUUCAUCUCCUGGCAUGGACAGCAGGAGUUUUAGUUCUCUUAAUAGAUGCCACUUUCCAAGCAUGCUAGGCAGGGACUUUUGCAUCAAGCCCACCAACACUAUGCAUUUCUACCUUUAGCUGUGCUUGCUAUCUAUUCACUCAUAUCAUCACAUCUGACCCUCAGAAUAAACAUGCCUUUAAGAGAAUGCCUUCCUCUAAAUUAAGCACAAUGCUACACCAACAGCCUGGAUCUUUGUUCUUAAGGUUCUACAGAUUCUAAGAUGUAUACGGUUAAAGUAAGUCAACAAUCUCAUUUAAGUUGCAACAUUAUUAUUUUCCCUUUACGGGGGCUUUUCUAAACAGCCAUUUUCCGGUGCUUCUGACACCAAUUUGUUAUGUUUUAAGUGUUACUGCUGUAGAGGAUUAGUAUUAGCGUAUUAAUUUCAGAUGGAGACAAGUUGGUCAAGUUGCACCCUCCCUCUGCUACAGGAUACUGUGUUCCACCCUGCGGCAGCCACCAUUCAGAGUACCCAUAGACCCCAAAAAGUGACAAAGCCCUUGUCAGAUCAUUCAAAAGACUAAUAUACAGAUUAAGUGUUUUACAUGUAAAAAUGUUUCAUUUGGUCAUCCUGUAGGAGGAGAGACCCAGCAGCAGUUCAGGCUGUUAUAUUAUGCAUCCAGUUAGUGGACUUCUUUGCUUUACUGACAGUCGGAAACAUACAAAGUCUUAAGCAGUCUUAAUUUCUAAACAAUCUGUCUGAUACUUUCAGUCUAGGGAGUUUAGAAAUGCUCUUACCUCUACAACAAGAUUGACAAUGCUUUUUACAGUAAUAUCUAUAUUACAGGUAAUAUAGGUAUUUAUAUAAGGACAUGGCCUUAUAAAUAUAGGUAAUAAAGGCAAACAGGUCUUUUAUUUUUUUAGAUAUUUGGUAAAAUCUUGUUAAAGUAUUACUACAAAGAGUGCACAGAUCUUUAGUUACGCAACUGCUUGCUCUUACAUUCCCCUGCCUUAACUUGGCUCUCACUUGCUGUAAAGGGUCUGCUUGGUUAGCACCCCCUAGGUGCUGGUAUCUUGGCAGUACCCUGCACGCCCCAAAUGAAUGCUAUGCAUGCUUUAGCAUGAAGCUAGGAUCUGCAUCCGGUGUAGGGACUCCCCCCCCCAUGCACACUCACACACAGAUGUUUACCUGCUCCUUCUUUGACGACAGAGAUAUUGGAAGCACUAUUCUGGGGGGGAGGAACAAUUGUAGUUAGAUGAGGUUAGUCGAAUGCUACUGAAACUUGACUUGAGAAUAGAAAUGUUUGCAAUAGAACAGUUCUGUACCUCACUUGAUUAAUUUAUUGACCUAAUGGUUUCAUUAAAGUUUUACUUAGAAAACUG